GCUAUCGACAGCUGAAGACGCAAGACAAUCUUUGACAAUUGUUAAAGUUCAUGUUGGCGUUUACAAAGGCAUUGAAGAGACAUAGAAGGAGUCCCAGAUGAACAUGGAGAGCCUGAGCAAGCCAGAGCUGCUAAUGCUGUUCAGUGUCCUGGAAGGAGAGCUGGAAGCCCGUGACCUGGUCAUUGAGGCCCUCAGGGCCCAGCACAGAGACACCUACGUGGAAGAGCGCUAUGGGAAGUACAACCUGAGCGACCCGUUCCUGGCUCUGCAGAGGGACAGCAAUGCCUUGGGAGUGCAGAGCUCUGGGUUCCACCAAGCUGCAGCAUGCUUCAGCCCCCUCGCUGUACUCAAGCUGGUGGUCACCCACUGCAGGAAGAUGCAGGAGAAGAUGCUGGCCCAACUAGCUGCAGCUGAGAGCAGGCAGAGGAAGGCCAUUGCCGAUCUGGAGGAAGAGAGGAGAAGGCAUGCAGAGGACACAGCCGAGGGCGAUGAUGUCACUUGCAUCCUGGAAAAGGAGAGGGAACGCCUCUUGCAACAGCUGGAGUUUGAGCGAGGCCAGUUGUGUCGUCUGGAGAAGGAACAGAAGAAGGUCCUGGAGCAGCUGGAGGAGGAGCGGGUGCAGCACAAGCAGCUCUCCUCUGCCCUGGCCAAGGAGUGCAAGUGGGCCAGCCAGCGGGCCCUGGAGGAGGGCCACCGCCUGGCUGAGGCAGGCCGUAGGCUGGAGAAGGAGCAGGGGGAAGUCCUUGCCCUGAGGGCUGAGCUGCAGGAGGAGAGGAGGAGGGCCCUGCAGAUGGAGGCCAGGGUGGAGGAGCAGCUGGCUGAGUUCGAUACGGAGAGGGAGCAGCUCCGCUCCCGGCUCAAGAAAGAGGAUGCCCAGUACUGCCAGCUGCAGGAGCAGGUGGAGUCCCUGAAGAGAGAGCUGCAGGGAGAGAGGGGAGCUGAGGAGGAGAGGAGAGAAUAUCCUGUGGACACCAGUGGAGGGUCACCACCCCCCCCCACACACCCCUGCCAGGCAGAAGGGGGCGAGACUGAGGAACCUAAAGUCAACGGGCACCAUGACUGCCCCACGGAGGAGCAGGUGCCAGCCCUUCCAGACAGAUUGGGCCAGGACAACUGGCGUGAGAACAGCAGCUCUGUUCUUGGGUCCCCUGCCCUCCUGACCAAAAUUAUAUCCCUCUGCAGCACGGGGACCUCCUCUGUCACCUCCUCCCCAUGCUCCUCUCCUCAGCUGGCCACCAGCCCCAGCUACCAGUCCUCCUACCAGGUAGGCAUCAACCAUCGCUUCCAUGCUGCUCGCCACAAGUUUCAGGGCCACACUGACCCAGAGCAGCAACAGCAGCAGCAGGGUGGAGGAGGGGGUGGUAGCCUGCCUCACUCCCCCAGAGACCUGUCCCCAACACCUAGCCCAUCCCCUGAGCCCGUUUCUGUCCCUGUCCACAGCCCGGCCAAGCAGCUGGCCCGCAGCACCGUCACCCAGGUCCUGUCCCGCUUCACAGUCCAGCAGGGGGCCAAACCUCCGCCACCCAACAGUUCUCCCUUUGGCACUGACUACCGUAACCUGGCCCCCUCCUCCCCAGUAAUCCCCAGGGCCUCUGGUGCUGCUCUGCCUCUGGGGGUCCGCUCACCUACCAUUCCCCGAGCAGAGAGGGGCAACCCGCCCCCCAUCCCCCCUAAGAAGCCUGCCCUGGCCCAGUCUCCAGCGUCACCCAUCCCUGGUACCAGAGCCAACCACUUCCCUGAGCUGUCUGGAAGCUGUGGUCUCACCAGGUGCCAGGAGAAUGUUAAAGAGCUGGAUAUGGUGGUGUCCUCCACCAGCUAGUCUAGCCUGCUACUGGGUGCUACUAGCGCUGUGUUUUCUUAUACUGCUCACAUGUUUGUAUGCAGAGAGAUGCUCCAAAGCACUGUCAAGUUAACUGUAUUUAUUGGAAUUUUUUGGUCUGUUUCAUUCUUCUAUAGCACUAUACACCUAGUUGGAAAAACAUUAGGAACACCUUCCUAAUAUUGAGUUGCACCCUCUUUUAGCCCUCAGAACAGUCUCAAUUUGUUGGGACAUCUACAAGGUGAUCACUCUACAAGGCGCAGAAAGCGUUCCACAGGGAUGCUGGCCAUGUUGGCUCCAAUGCUUCUCACAGUUGUGUCAAGUUGACUGGAUGUCCUUUGGACCAUUGUUGAUACACACGGGAAACAUUUGAGUGUGAAAAACCCAGCAGCGUUGCAGUUCUUGUACCCCGUUCAAAGGCACUUAAACCUUUUUUUCUUGCCCAUUCACCCGGUUCAUGUCUCAAGGCUAAAACAUCCUGCUUUAACCUGUCUCCUCCCCUUCAUGUACACUAAUUUAAGUGAAUUUAACAAGUGACAUCAAUAAGGGAUCAUAGCUUUAACAUGGAUUCACCUGGUCAGUCUGUCAUGGAAUGAGCAGGUGUUCCUAAUGUUUUGUACACUCACUGUAGAUAUAUUUGUACGCAUCCAUUUUUUGCUUUCUGAAUCGUAAUAAAUAAAAUAACAGUAAUAAGAAAUAAUAAUAAUAAUAAUAGCAUAAGUUUAUUCAGUAAAAUGGUGAAAAACAGGCAAAAAUGCAUGUCAGUUACGGCGUACAGUCAUGGACCAAUCAAAUCUCUCUCUGCACUACUUAUCAUCAGGGUUGGGCUCAAUUCAGAAUGAUGGAACUGACUCCCAUUCAACUCAUGAGUUGAAAUUGAAAUUUAAUUGGCCACACCCCACAAGAUGUAGAAUUUGAGGGAGUGACAGGAAGUGGAAUUUAAUUCAGUACAAUUCAAAGAAGUUCCACUCAGUCAUAGAACAUGAGAGUUUCAUUGAAUCUGACAGGUCACAUUUCCAGAUACCAAAUAAUAUUUAUAUUUUCUCUGGAAACAGUGUUCAUAUACUUUCUUCACCUCUAUGCUUAGAAUAGCCAAUUAUAUUUCCACCAAGCAUUUCAUUUGUUUGGCUUCUUUUUGAAGGCCUCGGGGUCAACUUGAUGGAUAAACUAAUGCAUUCUGGGAAACGUAGUAUUUUCUCAAUAUUUAACUACAUUUAAGUGAUUAAUGAAGUACAGUUUGUCCUGAAAAUCAAUUGUUUCAAUAAUAUUUUACAUUCAUGUAUAUAAUGACAUUUUUGAUGUACAAGAUGUACAUUAUAUUUGUAUAGACUACACCCAAUAUAGAAUAGGCAUUUGAAUUGCAUUGAAUUUCCCUGAAUUCAAUUCUAUUUCAUUUCAUUCAAAUUAAAAUUGAAAUUCUGUAUCCUGUUUACUACUUCAGUUCUAAUUCAAUUCAAAUUCAGUAAAUGUAUUGGAAUUUACGAGACAUUCUCAAUUACAUUCUGAAUUGAGUCCAACACUGCUUAUAAUACAGCUUCUGAAAUUGAGUUAGGAAAUAUGCAUAUCUCUAAAUCAGGAUUUGGAUUUAGCCUGCUUUGAUGUUCUGGAAACACUGAAUAAAAUAAGAGAGUUUAUCCUGAACUUCAGAGUUUAAUAAUGAAACUGGGCGGCGUAACACAUUAUAUUUCCUAACGUGGCACAUGAUUUUAACAUUCUGUAUCUUCAAGUCUUGAUCAGUUGACAAUAUGUAUAAUGUAUACAGUAUUAUUAUUAAUAUAAUGUAUUAUAUGUAUAGUAAUUACUAUAACAAAUGUAUAUUUUCUCUCAUACCAAUGGUUAAUUCGUUUUUUAUAUGGUACAUCAGCAUUAAAUGUUACCUUAGUGUAUCAAUUGGCUGCCAGGACUGGUAAUCAGCACUGCUGCAUGGUUUAGUAAGACAAUCAAGUAUUAUAUUAUAGUUAUAGUAUUACAUAGAAUUUACUGUACUAUAACUUGUGUUAUUUACCCCAUAGCUAUUCUGGCAAUGAUGAGGGGGUAGUUGUGGGGGGAAAUAUCAAGGUAUUAUACAUCAUAAAAAUGUCAUAUAUUGUAGUAUCGUCACUUAAUGAUUUCUGCUUGCAUUUGAUGUUAAUUUAAUUCAAUAUGAUCAUAAAGGUCCAAUGCAGACAUUUUUAUCUCAACAUCAAUGAAUUACUGGGUGAUAUUUAAGUACCUUACUGUGAUUGUUUUCAAUUGAAAUGUUCAAAGAGGAACAAAAAAUAGCUUCUUCGCAAAAAGCAAUUUGUCAAGCAAUAAUUUUUCUAGGACUGUCUGGGAGUGGUUGAGUGAGCGGCCUAAUUGGACUGGCCUAGUGGGAGGGACAUGUAACCUGAAAACUAGCUAUUGGCAGAGAGGGCAAACUCUCUUUGUUGUUGGUCUAUUAAUUAUACCGCCUGGUGAUGUCGCCAGGCAGUCCAAAACCACACCCAUGCAAAACAAGCUGAAAUUUCAGGCAGUCUUUUAAAACAGCUCUUACACUAAAAGGGCAUUAUCAUCAUUUUCACAAUUGCACAGUAUUAUUCCAACCUCAGUGUGGAAAUAUACACUGUAAAUACAAAAGUAUGUGGACACCCCUUCAAAUGAGUGGAUUUGGCUAUUUCAGCCACACCCGUUGCUGACAGGAGUAAAGAUGGUCUGUCCUUGGUUGCAACACUCACUACCGAGUUCCAAACUGCCUCUGGAAGCAACGUCAGCACAAUAACUGUUUGUCGGGAGCUUGAAAUAGGUGUCCAUAGCUGAGCAGCCGCAAACAAGCCUAAGAUCACCAUUCGCAAUGCAAAGCUUCGGCUGAAGUAGUGUAAAGCUCACCGCCAUUGGACUCUGGAGCAGUGGAAAUGCAUUCUCUGGAGUGAUGGAUCACGCUUCACCAUCUGGCAGUCAGACAGAUGAAUCUGGGUUUGGCGAAUGCCAGGAUGACAAUAUCUGCCCCAAUGCAUAGUGCCAACUGUAAAGGUUGGUGUAAGAAGAAUAAUGGUCUGGGGCUGUUUUUCAUGGUUCGAGCCCCUUAGUUCCAGCGAAGGAAAAUCUUAACGCUACAUUAUAAAAUAACAUUCUAAAUAAUUCUGUGCUUCCAACUUUGUGGCAACAGUUUGGAGAAGGCCCUUUCCUGUUUCAGCAUGACAGUGUCCCUGUGCACAAAGCGAGGUCCAUACAGAAAUUGUUUGUCGAGAUCGGUGUGGAAGAAGUUGACUGGUCUGCACAGAGCCCUGACCUCAACCCCAUCGAACACCUUUGGGAUGAAUUGGAAAGCCGACUGCGAGCCAGGCCUAAUCACCCAACAUCAGUGCCCGACCUCACUAAUGCUCUUGUGACUGAAUCGAAGCAAGAUUCGGUGGGAAGACUUCCCAGAAGAGUGGAGGAGGCUGUUAUAGCAGCAAAGGGGGAACCAACUCUAUAUUAAUGCCCAUGAUUUUGGAAUGAGAUGUUCGACAAACAGAUACUUUUUGGCCAUGUAGUGUAUGUAUACACAGCGCAAUUCACAGCACAAUUCUAUUUUACAGUACUCAGAUUAUUAUGUAUUGUACUGCAUUGCAUAACCUUUUAAACUUCCAUGCAUAUGAUUGAAUGUUAAUGUUUUUUUAUACCAUGCUAAUCAUAUGAUUUGUUACAGUAUUAUCCAUGAUGGAUAUAAAAUGAGUCUGCUCACUUCCCGCCCUCACUGUAUCUAUUUAUAUAUCUAUUGAUCAAUAACCCUGGUCUGGUAGUUUCCAACGCUCAUUAAAAGAUCUGACCAUG